AUGCAAAGGUUGCCAUCAAAUCCUAAAAGUGUACAAAACUAGAGAUAAAAUACUUAAAAACUACAAACCUCAACUGUAAAAAGCUUAGUUAAAACACUAAAUACUAAAAAUAAUACAUAAUAAACCCUUAAGCCAAAUAAUUUACAUAUUCUAUAAAGCUCUCUAAAUAGUUUAGCAAGAAUAAAGAUAAUCCCUCAACUUUUGCAAGUAACAGUAAAAGGAUAAAUAAGCUCAAGAAGCGAUGUACAAAAUCUAAAACGUGAAGAAGUAGAUUCUAUCACAUAGAUUAAUAUUGGAAUAUGGAAAUAGAAAUUAACCGAUGAUCUUUUGUAUCAAAUAACCUCUAGUCUCCAAAACAUGCAAAAUAUAAAAUAAAUCCAUCUUACUCUAACCGAUAAUAAAAUAUCAAAUUAAGGCACACAGCAAAUGUUAGAAUGUGUUAGUAAACUAUAAAAUGUAGAAUACUUCUCUCUCACGCUAACAGGAAAUCCUAUAGACAAUAAUGUAUGCCAGCAUUUUGAAAAGUAUCUACCUAUGUUCUAUAAUUUAAAACACCUAACGAUAUAUAUGAGAAAUUCAAAAAUAGUUGAUUGUGAUAAAAUUUGUAAAGGGUUAGUAAAUUUAUCAUAAUUAGAAAAAUUGUCUUUAUAUAUGUAAGAAAAUUAAGUUAAUGAUAUAACUUUAUAAUAGCUUGUAAGUUAACUUUAGAAACAAAGUACUCUCAAAUUCCUUUUAGUAGAUUUUCAGUCUAAUAAAAUAAAAUCAAUCAAUUAUUUUUUAAUGAAUCUUCAGAAUCUAAAAACUUUAUUGAGUUUAGAUGCUAAUUUCAAGGGAAACCUUAUUUAAUUUGAUAAAGCAUCUCUUGAGUAGUUAAAAAAACUUUAAACAGAGUUAUUUUACUUGGAAUCAUGCAAAAUAGUUUUAAACGAAAACUAAGAAAUAAAUUUUCCAAAAGCCUUAAGAGUUGCUAAAAUAGUUACUAUUAUUUAAAUUAUAGCAUAUCAAAAGUAUUUAACUAGGUGCUAACAAUGGAGUCCUAAAAAAAUCUUUUGGGAUUUGUUUAUCGAAUGA